UCCUCAUAUAUUUUAAAUAGUUACAAAAUCCUUUCCUUUUUCGUAAUUAACUUCUUUUAAAUAGUUCUUUGUUCUAAAGGCCUCCAGUUGAAAAAUUGUGUAUCCUGUUUUCUGUGUAAAGUAUUAAAUAUAAAAUAUAAUGUGUUGGUAAGCUUGCUUUCUUUGUGAUCAUAAAAGAUUCAAUGAUAAUUAUUUUCAACGAAACUUCCACCCAUAAACGACCCUUUUGCCCUCUCCAUGUCUAACCUUUGUUUCUAAGUAACGUUUGAAUGUAAAAUUUGAAAUGUAAAAUUUAGGAUCUGUUUGUUAUAGCACCAUUCUACUCUAGAGCAUUCCCUGAGGAAAUCAAGGUGUUGCUGGCGGUAGAUGUAGAUCUAGAGUUCAGAACAGAUUUAUUCUUUGUGCUCAAAAAGUUUGAGAUGAUGGAAGACAGUGAGUUGAUAGCAGUUGGUCCUGAUCUCUCCCCUCACUACUACUUAAAGCUUGCUGCCUACAGGGAGAAGUUUCCAGAAACAGCUGUGGGUCAGCCUGGGAAAACACAGGGAUUUAAUACUGGAGUUGUUAUCUAUGAUCUGGAAAGAUUGAGAGAAAUUAAUCAUCUUCGAGAGUACAUUUCCCCAGAGUACAUCAAGUACCUCGUCAACAAGUACAUGUUCUUUGGAACUGUUGGAGAUCAGGAUUUCUUCACUAUGUUGGGAUGGGAGCAUCCUGAACUAUUCUAUUCUCUACCCUGCUCUCUCAACUACCAAACCUAUUUAGAAAAGAUAACCACGGAGGAAUUCAGACGGAACUACACAAGCUUUAUAAAUUGUCCAGAGUAUCCUUUAAUUAUACAUUCUAACGGAUCUAUCUAAUAUAGUGAACCCCUUAAUAACGAAUACAUCGAAAGAAUUUAUCAAAUGUCGUCUUGACAAUUUUUCAAUGAGUUUUAUAAU